UGGCCAACGUUCAUAGUCUCUCUCCCCCCCUCUCUCAGUCAAAACAUCAAGCAGAAGGGGAGUGGCAGCAAUGGAGGGAGGGAAGUCGAACAAGAAAUCUAGUGCUAUUUCUCUUCAACAGUUCAUUUCCACCAUCGCCCCUUUAAUCGAUUUGGAAAAGGAUGCGGAGAUAUCCGGUUCAAUCAGUUCAGGAUCGUUGCGGAAUUUGGAUACUGCUCAAAAAAGGGGUUCCACCAUUCUUAAUUUGAAAUGUGUUGAUGCUCAGACUGGGCUAAUGGGUAAGACACUUCUUGAGUUUCAGUCUACUAAAGGAGAUGUUCUUCCCGCUCACAAGUUUGGGACUCAUGAUGUGGUUGUUUUAAAACCAAACAAGGCUGAUUUAGGGUCUCCUGCCCUUGGACAAGGUGUCGUUUACCGCCUCAAGGACUCAUCAAUCACUGUUGCUUUUGAUGAUAUUCCAGAAGAGGGUUUAAAUAGUCCUUUGCGCCUUGAGAAAGUGGCAAAUGAGGUGACAUAUCGUAGAAUGAAGGAUGCCCUGGUACAACUGAGUAAAGGUGUGCACAAGGGACCUGCUGCUGAUUUAAUUCCAGUAUUAUUUGGAGAGAGACCGCCAACAGUGUCAAAGAAGGAUGUUACGUUCACCCCAUUUAAUUCCAACCUCGAUCACUCUCAGAAAGAUGCCAUUUCAAAGGCCCUGUCAUCCAAGAAUGUAUUUUUGCUGCAUGGGCCUCCUGGAACUGGAAAAACCACAACUGUUGUGGAAAUUAUCUUACAAGAAGUGAAACGGGGGGCAAAGAUUCUCGCUUGUGCUGCUUCAAAUAUUGCCGUUGAUAACAUUGUCGAGCGACUUGUCCCCUAUCGAGUAAAGUUGGUGAGGUUGGGGCACCCUGCACGUUUACUGCCUCAAGUUCUGGAGAGUGCAUUGGAUGCGCAGGUUCUGCGAGGGGAUAAUACUGCUCUUGCGAAUGAUAUUCGGAAGGAAAUGAAGGCAUUGAAUGGGAAGCUAUUGAAGACCAAAGACAAAAAUACAAGGAGGGACAUCAGAAAAGAGCUUAAGACUCUUUCUAAAGAGGAGCGUAAAAGGCAGCAGCUUGCUGUGACGGAUGUAAUUAAAAACGCAAACGUGGUCUUGACAACUUUAACUGGUGCGGUUUCUCGGAAGCUGGAGAACAUCUCAUUUGAUUUGGUAAUUAUUGAUGAAGCAGCACAAGCGCUUGAGAUAGCAUGUUGGAUAGCUCUACUAAAGGGUUCAAGGUGUAUACUUGCAGGAGACCAUCUUCAGCUUCCUCCAACCAUCCAGAGUGUUGAGGCCGAGAAGAAAGGCUUAGGAAGAACCCUCUUUGAACGCCUUGCUGAUUUGUAUGGUGAUGAAGUCAUGUCUAUGCUAACUGUACAGUAUCGCAUGCAUGAGCUUAUUAUGAACUGGUCAUCUAAAGAGCUAUAUAACAGUAAGAUAACAGCCCAUCCAAGUGUUGCUGCACACAUGCUUUCUGAUCUUGAGGAUGUAAAGAAGUCUUCUUCAACAGAAUCAACCCUUCUUCUCAUUGACACAGCUGGGUGUGACAUGGAAGAAAAGAAGGAUGAAGAAGAUAGCACAAUGAACGAGGGUGAAGCUGAGGUUGCUAUAUCCCACGCAAAAAGACUUGUCAAUAGUGGAGUCCAAGCUUCUGAUAUUGGAAUUAUCACCCCUUACGCUGCGCAGGUUGUCUUGCUGAAGAUGAUGAAAAAUAAUGAUGACAAGCUAAAGGACAUGGAAAUCUCAACAGUUGAUGGAUUUCAGGGUCGAGAAAAGGAAGCCAUUAUCAUUUCAAUGGCCAGGUCAAACUCAAAGAAAGAGGUAGGAUUUCUGAGUGAUAGGAGGCGAAUGAAUGUGGCUGUGACAAGAGCAAGGAGACAGUGUUGUCUUGUCUGUGACACGGAGACAGUGACCAGUGAUAAGUUUUUGAAGCGAUUAAUUGAAUAUUUUGAGGAGAAUGGAGAGUAUUUAAGUGCUUCAGAGUAUGGCCAUGAAUAAACAGAUAGACUGGGACUAAGGUUCUAUCCAAAUCUGUCAAGCGUCAUCAGUUUUUUUUUUUUUUUUGCUGCAUUUGGUGAUUUGAAGACUUAGAUCUGGGAAAUGGUUCCCAAAACCUGAGACCUCUGAUGAUUUAUACCUGGAGCGACAGUUUGUUGAUAUUCUCCAAAAUGGAGAAAAAAUUGCGCUUCAUUUUGUUUAAUAGCAAAGUUAUCUGGAAAAUAGAUGGUUAAACAAACCAUCUUCAUUUGUAUUAUGUUAAUUACCCUGGAACAUUAUUUUUACCUGGUAAUAGUAUGCCUUGUCAGUGACGCUCACUUUAUCUGA